AUGGACGACUUUAAGCAGCUUUGUCGCCAGAAUGGAUACAAUGAAUUUCAAAGAAAGGAUUACACCGAUGAGACCACCAUUCGUCGAUUUCUUCGCGCGCAGCGAAACGAUGUUCAUGCUGCCUUCCGCCAGUUCCAAGAAAGUCAAAAAUGGCGCAGAGCACAUGAUAUCCGAGGUUUCUACGAAGGCUUAGAUGUCAAUGCCUAUGAUGAAACCCGGAAAAUGGAGCAGAAUCCGCAAUGGACAGGACGACGAGACCGUGACGGCCGACCAAUCUACGUGUAUCAAGUACGCGAAAUAACCAAGAAUAAGUUAGAUGGGUAUUUCAAGAUGCUAGAGAGGGCUCAAAGACCACCAAACCAUUCCAAGCCAGAUGUACCAAUUCACAUACUUCACUUCCAUGCGCUGUAUGAGAAUCUGUUGCAGUUCACUUUUCCUUUGGCGUCUGAGCUGCCACGACCAGACCCGGAACAUGAAACCGCCGCCUCGACUCAUAUCGUCGAUAUCAGCAAUGUUAGCCUUGUUCAAUUCUGGAAUAUUCGGAGGUAUUUGCAGGAUGCUAGUCGCAUUGGAACGGACUUUUAUCCUGAGACUCUAGCGAGGGUAUUUGUUGUCGGUGCCCCUGUCUUCUUCAGAACGAUAUGGGAUGUAGCAAGUCAGUGGUUUGCGCCAGAUACCCGAUCCCGAAUCUCCAUUGUCUCAUCGUCGGACUUGAAACCUUCUCUGUUAUCUCAGAUUGAUGCCACGGAUCUGCCUCAGGAAUACGGUGGAGAGAUCGAGUGGCAGUGGGGAGAUCCACCAAAUUUGGAUAGCCCGACGAAAAAGUUGGUUGAUGAGCUAUACCAUAAGUCCGAGCGAGAUGAAGUGUUUUCCAAGGGCCCUAUUAUCUAUGAGGAUGGCUGCAUCCGAUUGCUAGGAUCCGAGGAUGGUUCACCACGAAGGAACUCUUUCUGUCAUAAUCAGAAUUAUCAUCGUGACUGUCAAGAGUGA